AUGGUACGAGUUCAGAUUUAUUGGUAUCAACUACAAGAUAAAUCAGUAGUCGGUCUCCGCAAAGAAGGAUCUGAGAAAGCAUUUUGUUCCAAGGAAGAUAGAACAUUAGUGUCUCUUUCUGACCCAUCCAAAGCAAAGAAGAGAAUUCUGGGGACAUUUGUUAUUGGUGAUGGGUCAAGUACUCUUCUAACGCUAGCUGAAAUGUGGUUGAGAGAUCAGGCCAUAGGGGAAUGGGGAAAAGAACAUUUUGAAUGGGACGAAUCUUCUCUUGAUAUUCUCAAGGCUUAUGUUAAAAGGCUUCCAUUAGAUAAGAAGAGAGCCCAACGCAAGAAGGAUUGUCAGAAACUAGAAAAUGCGCUUGAUAUUGCAAAGGAUGCAGGUGAAGACAUUAAAGUUCGUUCUGAAGAAGUCAAGCAAAUGAAGAACAGCAUUGCGCGCUUGGUUUUAGUAAUUGAAAAAGAGACUAGGAAGAUUAGUCAGUAUGAGGCGAAAUGUGAUGAGGUGCACAAUGGAGAACGUGGUACUAAGAAGACCAAGGCAAAAAGAAUAGUAGCAAGAAGUAAAGAUAGGUUUACGAACUAG